UUGUCUAAAAAACUAAACCCUGGUUGUGUCUUGUUUGUUGUUGUUAGUUGUUUCCUGCUCGUCUCUUCCGCCGCCUUCUCGAUUCCCUCCCUGUAAGCAAUCAAGCAAUCUUCGAUUCCUUUUCCUCUCAGACCAAUCUCGUGCUCUCGACUUCUUCGUCUGUCCUUUUGACCUAAAAAGCAUGGAGCUUUCCGAACCAACCAAAACCAAACCGAAGCAACCCCCAAAGCGUUUCAUCAAAAACCAAAUCCCGGACACAAUCCUCAACGACGCAUCCCUCAACGCCGCCAUCUCCCUCCUCCCUCCCAUCUACCACUUCGAGAUCCACAAAUGCGUCUGGCGAAUCAAAUCCACGAACGCGAAACGCGUCGCCAUCCAGCUCCCCGAGGGUCUCCUCAUGUACGCGCUCACCCUCUCCGACAUCUUCACUUCCUUCGCCGGAGCCUCUCGCUGCUUCGUCCUCGGAGACGUCACUUACGGUGCUUGCUGCGUCGACGACUUCUCCGCCUCUGCUCUCGGCGCUGACUUGCUUAUUCACUACGGACAUAGCUGCCUCGUCCCUAUCGACUCCACCAAGAUCCCUUGUCUCUAUGUGUUUGUUGAGAUACAGAUUGAUGUCAAGUGCUUGUUGAACACUAUCUGUCUUAAUCUCGGUGGUGAUGGUGGUGUCAAGAAGAGGAUCAUUCUCGCUGGGACGAUUCAGUUUACUUCGGCGAUUAGAGCUGUGAAACCGGAUUUGGAGAAGCUAGGUUUCAGUGUUUUGAUCCCUCAGUCGAAGCCUUUAUCUGCUGGGGAAGUCUUGGGAUGCACGGCACCUAAGGUUUCUAGGGUUGAGGAUAAUGAUGGUGAGGACGCGGUGCUUGUGUUUGUAGCCGACGGGAGGUUUCAUCUUGAGGCGUUUAUGAUAGCUAAUCCCAAGAUUAAGGCGUUUAGGUAUGAUCCUUAUCUCGGGAAGAUGUUUCUAGAGGAGUAUGAUCACAAGGGGAUGAGGGAGACGAGGAGGAGGGCGAUCGCUCGUGCUAAGGAUGCUAAGACUUGGGGGAUCGUGUUGGGGACGUUGGGAAGGCAAGGGAACCCGAGGAUUCUGGAGAGGUUGGAGAAGAGGAUGGAGGAGAGAGGGAUUGAUAGCACGGUUGUUUUGAUGUCUGAGCUUAGUCCCACGAGAGUGGCCUUGUUUGAGGACUCUGUGGAUGCUUGGGUGCAGAUAGCGUGUCCGAGGCUUUCUAUUGAUUGGGGUGAGGCCUUUCUUAAGCCGCUGCUGACCACUUUUGAGGCUGAGAUUGCGUUAGGGUUUAUCCCUGGUUGGUGGGAGAAGGGUGAGUCUUCUUGUUCUUCUUGUAAGUCUGGCUGCUGCAGAAGAGAGGAGAAAGAAGCGGGAUGUGCGUGUGGAGAUGAUGAUAAGAAGGGUGGUGAUGAGGUACUCGAUGGAGACUAUCCGAUGGAUUACUAUGCACAAGAAGGUGGUGAAUGGAACUCAUCGUAUCUCAAGAAGUCAUCUCGUCCCAUCCGAAGAAACCCUUUACCUUCACCUUCUGCAGCUUAAAGUAAAUGUCCAUGGUGCUAUCAAGAUUCUACGGCUGAGUUUAUUAUUAGUGAAUGAAACAAGCUUGUUGGCGGUUUUAUGAGACAGACAACAUGACGAGCAUGCUCAGUAUUGAUACAAGGGGUGAAGAUUAAGAGAAGGCUACAACACUCCUUUUACUGAGAUCUUGUCUUUUCAAUUUUUGGGUUAUGGAUUACUACAAAAUGGUGGCUGCAAGUGAAACUAUUACGUCUUGUUUGUAGUUAAAACUGAUGAUCUUUUUUUUUUCUCCAAAUUUUACCCGGUUUUGUUUUGGUUGUGAAAUUUAAUAUAUUGCAUUUAGUGGUAA